CGUUAGUUGGAGUCCAUUAAUGCCUAUUUAUUAUCAUGUGACUAUUAUUACUGAUUAUUUUAUAGAGAUGGAGUCCUAGAUCCUACUGAAAAGAUGAUGAAUAUUGGGAGAUUAAGAUAUUUACUAUCACUCAUACUUAUCUGUGUACAUCAGAGUAAAGGUUCUGAGGAGGUGUGUACAUGUACUGUCUUGUGUGCUACUGACCUGGUCAACACCCAAGGCCCUGGUUAUUACUUUAGCAACAAUGGUGGCUGUCUCCAACUGACAACUAACUGUUCCCUAAGUUCCCCCCUGUGUGUAUUUAAGAGCCAGUCAGAGUGUAAGAGCUCCUGUGUACAGCAGCAGCAGCCCUGUCAAGACUCACCCAGUGGCUGCUGUCCAGAUGGUCAGUCCCACAGAGGCCAGUGUCCUGGUGAGACUGAUGCCGGGUUGCCGAGUAGUGCUAUGAGAUGGAAUGUUGUGUCUGUGGGUGUGGUGGGUUCAAUACUAGCCCUCUCUGUGUUGUCCAUCAGUGGACUAGCUGUCUAUUACCGACACAAACACAAGAAGAGGAAGAGAACCCGCUACAUCAAAGAAGUUAUGCAGAUGUAUGAGGAUGUCUCCUCUACGGACUCACUCUCUGAUUCAAGUGUUGACGACAACCCUGACAGCAACAACCUGUUUGAACGCUUGUAGCUAACAGCAUUAUCAUAUUUGUACACUCAAUGCAAUCACAUUGUUAUAGUGACGUUCAUCAGAAUUAUAGUUUUAUUGACAUAAA